AAAAAAAACUAAUCGGGUGGCCCGGUCCGGCCCGGAACCGGACCCGGACUCGGUGGCCACCGGUUCGGGCUUGGGCCCAACAAAACAGACUCGAGGCUCGCCCGGGCCCAGGCCCGAACCGGCCCGAGGCCAUAUCCUAAACUGUAGGAUAUUUUUUCAUGAAAAUUAUCAUAUUAAGUCAUUAACUAGUUUAACCUAAUGGUAUGAGGACGGCAACGGCAAGGCACAUGAGCUAAGUUGGCUUCCCAUGAAUUGGAUGUAAACUCCGCCAAGGAGUUAUGGUGUGAGAUGACUUGAUAAUACAAGUGUGCUCUCUUUUGGCUUAGGUAGAGCUUGAUGAGUUAGUUCUUUUCUGCUGUAUCGUGGAAAGUUGGACGAGUAUGGAUAAUUUACUUGGACUAUGUGGAGACAUAACUUUGGUUACCACUGUAAGGUGUUAGAGACAGUUUCUUAAUUUAUUCUUGGAAACAUGUUUAUUAAUUUAUUUUUGAAAACACAUCCUAAUUUAAUUAGAGGUUAUGUUGCUUUGGGAACAAGACACUGCAUCUCUAUAAAUAUCACUCCCCUCUCUUGUAAUCUGCAUCCAGAAAAUAUUAAUAACAUUCCUGGCUUGGUAGCGCCCCCAGACGUAGUCCUCUGUGGCGAACUGAGUUACCAAAUUUCGUGCGUUCUUUAAUUGUUUUUCGUGUUUGUGAGUUAAAUUCCUAACAACUGGUAUCAGAGCCCUAGGUUCGAAGGGAGAGUUCAACACGAUGGCAGAUUUGAAGACACCGUUGAUGUAGUUUGAUGAGACUGAUUUCGGCUUCUGGAAGCUGCAGAUCGAAGAUUACCUGUACGGUAAAGAUCUGUAUCAACCUCUGGAGGAUAAGCCGGAAGACAUGAAGGAGAGCGAUUGGAAGUUGCUGGACAGGAAAGCGAUGAGCGUGGUGCGAUUGUCGCUGUCCAGAAACAUCGCCCUACAUACCAUCAAAGCAAAAACGACGAAGGAGAUGUUGCAAAUAUUAAUGGAUAUGUAUGAGAAACCUUCUGUUGCGAACAAGGUACAUCUCAUGAGGCGUCUUUUUAACCUUAAGAUGUCAGAAACCACGGGAGUUGUGGAACAUCUCAACGAGUUCAAUUUAAUCACCACACAAUUGAGCGCGGUUGGGAUCAAGUUCGACGACGAAAUUCAUGCCCUAAUUCUGCUGUCUUCUCUCCCGGAAAGCUGGAACGGAAUGGUGACUGCAGUCAGCGCUUCAGCAGGGAAGGAGAAACUGAAAUUCGAUGAAGUCAGAAAUCUGGUGGUCAGCGAAGAAAUUUGCAGGAAGGAAUCAGGUUUGGCUUCUGGAUCGGCGUUGAGUACAGAGAACCGGGGCAGAACGAAGUCAAAGUCAAAGUCAAAUCGGGAUAGAUCAAGAUCCAAAUCCAAGUCAAACAUCGAGGGCAAGAAGGACAGAAGUCAGAUCAAGUGCUGGAAUUGUGAGGAGUACGGACACUUCAAGAGCCAGUGCAAGGAGCAGAUCAAGGAUCAGAAGGAGAAGACAUCUGCCAAUGCAGCGGCAGAAUCAUCGGGUGAUGAUCUCCUGAUUCUGAGCGUGAACAGUCUGUUGGAGUCAUGGGUUCUGGAUUCUAGAGCCUCGUUCCAUUCAUGUGAUAACUCUGAAGUGAUGGAACAAUAUACUCCCGGCAAUUUUGGAGAGGUGUAUCUUGCUGAUGAUGAACCUCUUAAAAUUGUCGGGAAGGGGACAGUCCAUGUGAAGACUCCGAACGGAUGCAUGCUGAAACUAAAUGGUGUCCGACACAUUCCUGGUUUGAGGAGGAAUCUUCUUUCAAUUGGGCAGCUGGAUGAGGAAGGUUAUGCAGUUGCAUUCGGCAGCAGAAAUUGGAAGAUCACCAAGGGAGCCUUGCUGGUUGCUAAGGGGAAGAAGGAGGGUACGUUGUACAUGACAACGAACUCAAAGGACUGCAUCGAUGUUGUUGCCGCUGCAACAAACGAUUUGAAUUUGUGGCACUGUCGACUCGAUCACAUGAGCGAAAAGGGGAUGAAGGAGCUGUGCUCGAAGGGCAAACUGCCCGGCCUGAAGACUGUUGAGGUUGGCUUAUGCGAGGACUGCAUAUUCGGGAAACAGAAACGUGUCAGUUUCUCAAAGGGAAGACGAGCUAUCAAACCGGAGAAGCUGGAACUAGUUCACACCGACCUUUGGGGACCUGCAGAAGUUACAUCCUUGGGAGGAUCCGCCUACUACAUGACCUUUAUUGAUGAUGCCACAAGAAAGGUGUGGGUUUAUUUUCUCAAAAAUAAAUCCGAUGCCUUUGAUGCUUUCAGGAGGUGGAAAGCUCGUGUUGAGACAGAGUCAGGUCUGAAGUUGAAGUGCCUUCGGUCAGAUAAUGGGGGUGAGUAUGAACUGCAUGAGUUCAAGAAUUUUUGUGCUGAGAAUGAGGUUCGUAUGGAGAAGACAACACACCCAACACUUAGUGCACUGUGCACCACAUUUUUUCAACACACCCAACAUCUCAUAAAAUUCACUUGUAUGAUGUUAUCCACCGAAAGUAUUACCAUACCAUUUGAUUAAGUAGUACUCCGUAUAUAAUAAAUAAAGGUAAACAAUUCUGUUAAGGUAAGCAACUUACAACAAUAUGAAGCCAUGAAAUAGAAAACCC